AUGGGUGUUAACAUUGAAUUUAAUGAUCAACAUCCCAGCCAAUAUGCAGCCAAAGUUCGCCAUUUUAACAUGAGUGAAACUGCAAUUAUUGGAAAUGAGAUUAAUAAGCUUCUUAGCAAGGGGGUUAUUAUUCCCUCCAUACAUGAGCUAGGUGAAUUUAUUUCAUCAAUCUUUCUCAGACUUAAAAAAGACGGCUCAUAUCGUAUGAUACUUAACCUCAAGUCUUUCAAUGAAUUUGUGAAGCAUCGCCAUUUUAAAAUGGACACUUUAGAUGCAGCAGUAAAAAUGAUGAAGCCAAAUUGUUAUAUGGCCUCUAUUGAUCUCACUGAUGCCUAUUAUAUGGUGCCAGUGCAUGCGGCAGACCAAAAGUUCCUAAAAUUUGAAUUUUUGGGUCGCCUCUAUCAGUAUACCUGCCUUCCAAAUGGACUCUCGAGUGCUCCACGUUUAUUUACAAAAUUACUAAAACCAGUAUAUUCUACCCUACAUACGGUAUGGGCCAUAUGA